UAUGCUGGAGACAUGUUCCUUUUCAGAAAUGACCACUCACAACUCUGACGAAGAGCAUUAUUUGAGUCAAAUUCGGGAAAUUAUGAACAAUGGCAAACGUCGCAGUAAUCGAACUGGAACGGAAACCAUUUCUAUCUUUGGAAUGCAGUCACGUUACAGUCUCAGAAAUGGUGUUGUUCCAUUACUAACCACAAAACGAGUGUACUGGAAAGGAAUCGUUGAGGAGUUGCUAUGGUUCAUAAAAGGAGAUACAAAUAGCAAUCAUCUUUCUGAAAAAAAUGUGAAGAUAUGGGAUGCAAAUGGAUCGCGGGAGUUUCUCGACUCGCUUGGUUUCACAGACAGAGCACAGGGCGAUCUUGGUCCAGUUUACGGCUUCCAGUGGCGGCAUUUUGGCGCUGAAUACAGAGGUCCAGACGCGAACUACGAGGGACAGGGUGUUGAUCAGUUAGCGGACGUCAUCCACGAAAUUCAAACGAAUCCAGACAGCCGCCGGAUUAUCAUGAGCGCCUGGAAUCCUUGUGAUCUGAAGUUGAUGGCUUUACCACCAUGCCAUACUCUUUGCCAGUUUUUCGUUAUGGACGAGGAGUUGAGUUGCCAGCUCUAUCAGCGCAGUGGUGAUAUGGGGUUGGGUGUACCAUUCAACAUCGCCAGCUAUGGUCUCUUCACUCAUAUGAUUGCACAUGUCUGUGGUUUGAAGGCUGGUGAUCUCGUUCACACUCUUGGUGAUGCGCAUAUCUAUGUGAAUCACAUCGAAGCACUCCAAACACAGCUGAAACGAACUCCUACUGCAUUUCCUACCGUAGAAUUUGGCGAUGGAAUCAACAGCAUUGAUGACUUCACGUACGACAAGAUUAUCCUGAAGAACUACCAACCACAACCUGCAAUCAAAAUGGAGAUGGCUGUUUAAAUUUUUUUCCUUUAGUUUUUUACAUUUUCACCAUGUUUUGUUAAGUUUUCAUUUUCCGUUUGUAAUUACUUUUUUUCAAACUUUUAUUUGGAAGGUUCUGAGCGGCAUACGGGUAAAAUCAUGCUUGCUGAAGAACUUGGGUUGAACUUGGCAUAUUUUCGCAAUCUACUCACUCAUGUCUGUGACCGACUUUCUAACUUCUCAUUCUCCAUGGAUCAUCGAUUUGAUCACACCACAUUCCUCGAAGUAACCUCUAUGCAAUUUGCUGCCUUUUUUCAAAGAGUAAAAGUAUUACCGCGAAA